AUAAUUUUCUAACCUAAAAAGUUACGCCUUGCUGCGGCACGCACACGGUACAUACAUCACGGAGCUCGUCAGCCGAACGUUGACGUAUAAAAGCUGGCGUGCGGUUUAUAAAGAAGGGGCCGAUAUUCGGGAAAGGAAAAAGGAUACCACGCCUGAGCGCCUGGCGUACAUUUCGAGUUCUCGCGGCUCGGCUUCGGACACGGCACCCUCGCGGGCGGCCGAUGCGGGUGAUAGGUAUGGUUUGAGCGGCGACGUAAGAUGAUCCUGAGGAACUUGCCGUUCACGCAAUGGGUCCUGAUCCUGUUCCUCAUCUUCAUAAUAGUCUAUCAGCAAGUGCGAUUGAACGACGUGGAGGAGAGCUGCAGGUCGCUCCAUGAUGCCGUCGUGCGGAUCGACGCUAGGAACGACGACAGGCGCGUCGAGGCGCGAGGAGGUAGCGAGGAUGAUCUGGAGGACGUCGUUAUGAUAUACAACAGAGUGCCCAAGACAGCGUCCACCAGUUUCAUGGGAUUAGUUUACGAUUUGUGCAAGCAGAACAAAUAUCAUGUGCUGCACAUUAACGUGACGAAUAACAUGCACACCCUUACUUUUGCUAACCAGGUUCAAUUUGCAAAUAACAUAUCAAACUGGAAUAGUAUAAAGCCAGCGUUUUACCAUGGACACAUGGCGUUUUUAAAUUUUGGAAAAUUUGGUACUAAACGUAUGCCUUUGUACAUAAAUUUACUAAGAAAACCUUUAGACAGAUUUAUAUCAUAUUAUUACUUCUUAAGAUACGGGGAUAAUUUUAGACCCCAUGUUAUAAGGAAGAAACAUGGAGAUACAAAGACAUUUGACGAGUGUAUAAAUAUUGGACAACCUGACUGUGAUCCUAAUAACAUGUGGCUACAGAUUCCAUUUUUUUGUGGCCACGAUCCAGCUUGUUGGGAAAUUGGUAACAGCUGGGCGUUGGAGGAAGCCAAACGGAAUUUACAAAAGUAUUACUUCCUGGUCGGAGUGACGGAGGAGUUAAACGAAUUCGUAGAGGUAUUGGAGAUUGUACUACCACGGUUUUUCAAAGGGGCAUACAACGUUUUUUUACAUAAUAAUAAGUCACACUUACGACAAACCACGCAAAAACUCAAUCCGUUAUCUGAAACAAUAGACAAGAUCCAGCAAUCGGUUGUGUGGAAGAUGGAAAAUGAAUUCUAUAAUUUUGCUUUGGAGCAUUUCCAUGCUGUGAAAAGGCGACUCAUAAAUGCUUCCCCUCAAGAUGCAAAUCAACGUUUUAUGUAUGAAAAGAUACGGCCAAAGUAAAACUACUUUUUUACAUAGAACUUUACUCGCUGAGUAAUGCAACCGUCGACUGCAAAAUGUGUAUUUAUUGUAAUUAUGAACAAAAAUGAUUUUUGUAUAAAAUGAAUUUAUAGAGUUAAUAUUUUAUUUCUA